AUGCCAUUGCACACGGUCGCGCUCGGAGCGGCCCUGACCCCUACUGUCCUGCACACUCUAAUCAAUCAUUAUCUCCAUCGCAAAUCGCAUCAUAACAAACCGACCGUCCAUAUCACUUAUGACGAAGGUAUCCAGAUCGUCCGUCAAUUCCUAUACUACGCGUCCAAGCAUCCGGUCGAGGAUAUCCAGGCGUUCACCCGCCAGUGGGUUCCAAGUCCCCAUUGGGUGAGAACAGAACCCGUCACCAUUCCUGACGAGUGUCUAUCGUCGGCGGCAGAUGUUCUUGCCAAACAAUUGGGCCCUAGGGGUCUCGUACGCGUCGGCGGCGAAAAGUGGUGGCAAUGGCGCGGCCCCGCGGAGGACCUCAAGGGAGAGUGGAUCGAGAUGCGGAGUCAUUAUAAUGAGCUGAAGAAGGCGGACCGGCGCUGCAACCGGAUCAUGCUCUAUAUCCAUGGAGGUGCCUAUUUCUUCGGCAGUGUCGAUACCCAUCGCUACAUGCUACAGCGUCAUGCCCGCAAGUUGAAGGGUCGUGUUUUCGCGCCGGACUACCGUCUUGCCCCCCAAUUUCCUUUCCCAUGCGGCCUGCAGGACUGUAUGGCAGCUUAUUUGUGGCUGCUCAAAUCAUACGACCCAAAAGAAAUCAUCCUGGCGGGCGACUCGGCUGGAGGCGGUAUGGCCUUAUCAUUGCUGGUGAUGAUGCGGGACCAAGAUAUUCCACUUCCAGCGGGUGCGAUUCUGAUCUCUCCAUGGGUUGAUUUAACACAUUCGUUUCCAAGCAUUGUUGAUGAUAACCCGGGCGAUUACAUCCCUCCAUAUGGAUUCAGGUACAAGCCUUCCUCCGCCUGGCCCCCGCCCAAUGCCGACGAGAUCCUAAAAAUCAAGAAGCUGUCCCGUGAGCAAACCUUCACGGAGAAGGAUGUCAACGCUGCGAUUCCAACGGCAAACAGCUCGGCGGCGGAAACAGCUGUCCGUGGAUACACGCUACAUGAGAACAAGAUGCCAUCCGAAGGCCAUGCCUACCCGGGCAUGCAGGAGAAUCCAGAUCCUGGUACUGUCAGUGCCGAACCUGAUAACAUCCAUGUUAUCUUGGAAGGCAAAACGGUGGAGCUUAAGGACCAAAUCCAGAUGUAUGCCACAAAUCAGCUCAUCUCCCACCCGCUUGUCUCGCCUGUCCUUCAACCCUCCCUUGGUGGCCUACCGCCACUCCAAAUUAUCAGCGGCGGUGGAGAAACUCUUCGCGAUGAGCAGUUCUAUAUCGCGCAUAAAGCGGCGAAUCCGACUGCGUAUCCGCCCGGGGAUGUGUAUCUGAACGAGUUUGAUCCAGAAAAAGAGACCUUGACCAAGUACCAGCCAACAUACGUCCAGCUCCAGGUCUGGGACAAUCUAUGCCAUGUGGCUCCCACGCUGAGCUUUACCAGACCGGCCAAGUACAUGUUCCGUUCAAUCUCCCAGUUUGGAUCCUGGGCUCUCGCUCGUGCUCAAGAGACUGAAGUGGACAUUAUGGAUGAAAAUAUCGUGUCACCGGUCUCAUCGAGCGGCUCAGAUGAGACAGACAGCCCUGGAGAUCUCGCAGGCCCCAGAAAACAGACAUUUCCAGCAGGCAUAUCUGUCGGCAAGGCAGGAGAUCCUCUACCUGCAUUUGAUCAGUACAUGAUACGCCAACGAGUAGAUAAGCGUGGACACCUCUACCAUCUGGACCCACCUGCAUCGUAUCCAGUCCUGAAUAUACCACCAUCAAAGAUAGGUGCAAUCAACCCGGAUCUCAUCAGAAAGUGGCUUGAUGCAAAACAUGAAUGGGAUACCAAGUUUGCCAGAGAGAAGCUUAAGGUGCAGGUUCGACGCAUCAAGGAAAUGGCCCACGGAUUCCAGGACUUUGAUGGUGAAUGUCCCCCUCCAAGCUCUUUGGCCGCUCGUCGUGCGGCACCAGGCGUCCUACCCAAGUACCAUGCAAAGAAGAAUUAUGGAAUGAUGCUUUGGAGCGGUUGGGGCAGCAAACACGACGAGCGGACCAUGGAGAAGGAACGAGAAGCUGAAAAAUCAGGUCGCCCCUCGACGCGUGCGAGCGUUGAUGCUGGACAAGCUGGCCAGUAUUCGAGUUCGCCUUUGAAGAACCAGGAACGGCUAGGUGCCCCUGGCAACCGUAAAUCGCAGCCUACCACCGAUAAAUCUUUACCAGGUAGUUCUGAGGCCCUUACUUGGGACACUGCGAGUGAUUCAAAGCACACUAAUGGAGAAUUCGCGACGGGACGACCUUCUGAAUCGACUUCUCUCCGUCCGAUGUCAGAAAAGAGUGCCGGGCCUAUUCUCAUCCUACCAGACGUGGAUAACUUGAAGCUCAGAGAUGAGAAUGCCAGCACAAGGGCUCUCUUUCAUGCUGCGGGAACCCUACCGAUGACGUCUGAUCUCUCCCUUCCGUAUUCGAAAGGCCGACCGUCCUCUGUUGGCGGCUCAGUAGCGGGAAGAAGUGAAUUUGUGUCUGAAGCUGGGGAAGAUGCUGCUAGUACCGUUGGCGGCGAUAAGGAAUCAAUUGCAGUGAACGGGAUCGCAGCUGAUUCAGUCAGCACUCGCGCUGUCCUAAGCGCCAGGGGUGUGGUUGGCAUCGUCAAGCCUAGUGACAACAGUCGUACCUCCACUGACACUUCCUCUGUGCAAGCAACUAUGCCAGAUGUAGAUGCCAUAUCAAUCGAAAAGGACAGCCGAAACUCGACAUCGCAUCGACCAGACAUGCCCAACAGGGAGGUUUUCAAGACAGCCGAGGAGGGACUAUAG